AUGGAAGCGACCGGAGAAGAAUUUGUCCAUUUCUUCAUAAAACUGCACCCAGCCAUAACCUUCCUUCUGGAAGAAAACACCCUUGUCUACAUUCUGAAGCCAAGAAUAGCCUGUCUCAUUGCGACGCCAAACACUCAUGGCAUCAUCGAAAUACUUGAUUUUUCCUUCCACUGCAUGGAGCAUCAUGAGCGCGUGGUCAUACAGCAUCCACUUUCGGAACCAUGGUGGCAGGCCGUCACGGAAGCGCCAUCGGAAAACAAACGAACUUGUCUGAAAAUAGUAGCUGGCGAUAGCCUCAUCCGCAUGGAAAAUUCCUUGCCGUAUGCGCUCAUCGUCCGCCGACAACUUGUGCGGCGAUUUCCAAUAAUCAUCACCUUCGCAGAAGGCAAUAUAUUUGCUGCGGAUAUAUCGCAUGCCAUCCAACAUAUUGUUGGCAGCUCGGCCAUUGACCGGUUGAGUUCUGCCACCAAUACAUUCGCGGAAACCGUUGCGGGCUUGAGCAUCACAGUGUCCAAGGUGACCACUGACGACGUCAAUCUGCAAGUGACGCCGGAUACCAAUGCGAUGAAGAAAAAUAUCCAGGACUUUGUGGCUGCUUACAACGCCGUGAAUGAUCUUCUCAGCAACUCCACGAAGUACGACCCUGAGACCAAGGUGGCUGGGGUGCUCCAGGGCGAUAGUACGGCGGUUGGGUUGCAAGGGGCGCUGCGCAUGUUGACCAUGGGUUCGGCCAACAGUGCUGGUGCGUUCCAGCGAUUGUCUGAUGUCGGGAUCUCGAUGGAGCGGGGGGGCAAACUGACGGUGGAUGCCGCCAAGCUAGACAAGGCCAUCAAGGAUCCUGCGUCUCUCAAGGCCUUGUUUGCCACUCCGGCCGAUACCGGACAAGGCGGUGGAAUCGGUGUGCAAUUCAAGAGCUUCGCAUCCGGGCUGCUGUCUUUGGAUGGACUCAUGAACAACAAAACGGACGCGCUCAAUGCGGCGGUCAAGCGCAACACAGGCGAGCAAGACAAGGUCAACGACCGCGCUGCACAGGUGGAGAAGCGCCUUCGAGCCCAGUACACCGCACUUGAUACCAAGAUGGCUUCGCUGACUUCGCUGGGGGGCUAUAUCAACCAGCAGGUUGCAUCCUGGAACAAGGCUGGAGGAUAG